CUCCCAAUAAGGUUAGACCAAUUGCUGAGCUCCAACUCGACUGCAGUGGAACUAGCUUUCUUCAACAACUCAGCCUUGCUGUACAUCGCUGCCUCGCGGAUUUUUGUUGACCUCUCAUACCCACCCAAAGUCGAGAUCUCAAAGUGCCAGCUCCCCCCGCAGCCAGCUUGAGAUCCUCGCUGAAGUCAUCACGACUUCAAACAAACCAAAUUCAAUUUUUUGCCAAACCUGAGACGCUCCUCCGGAGCAGUUCUUAGCCCAUCAUGUCGAACAAGCAGGGCAAGAUGGCGGGCUACAUCAACUACCGGAUGAGAGUCACUUUGUUGGACGGCCGCCAAAUGACGGGACAAAUGCUUGCCUUUGAUAAGCACAUGAACCUUGUUCUUGCCGACACCGAAGAGUUCCGACGCGUCAAGAAGAAGCAGAACAAGCCCUCCGCCCCAGGCGCCGCAGGUCCCUCCACCCAGACAAUCGAACAGGAAGAGAAGCGCACACUUGGCCUCACCAUUGUGCGCGGUGCCCAGAUCGUGUCCCUUUCCGUAGAGUCUGCGCCGCCUGCCGACCCUAGCACGCGUCUAGGGAAGAGCACCACGAGCAGUUUGCCCUCAGCACUGGCGUCCGGUCCGGGUGUUUCCCGCCCUGCUGGAAGAGGGGCUGCUCCCUCUUCUCUCGCCGGCCCCGCAGCUGGUGUUGGAGCCGGUGCCCCCCCCGCUUUCCCUCAGUUCCCUGGUGCUCCUGGCUUCCCUGGUAGAGGCGGCCCUCCCCCUGGUUUCCCCGGCGGCCCUGCUGGCUUUCCUCCGGCUGGUUUCCCCGGUGCUCCAGGCUCAUUCCAGCCACCUCCGGGCUUCCCCGGUGCACCUCCUCCGGGUUUCAACCCUCCACCGCGAAGGUAGUAACGGGAAGAUGUUUGGAUCGGUGAUGGUGAAAUUUGCUCCAGAUGACUGGGGCCGAGAAGGAUACCAUUGGCGUUUGGACCGCGGAAAUACUGGAAACAGGCCGAAAGCGACAGUGAAACCAACAUUAUGUACUCUAGCGAGAUAGUCCUAGAGAAUACGACAUUCAAAGCAGGCUCGACGAGGAAUACUUCAUCAUUGAACAGCGCACUGUUCUCAAUAGUUCCAGUCCGGAUUCAUGUGCUCAGGUCUUUAGGGCGAUGUGUCUAGGACCGACUGGAGCAUUAUCUCGAUAUUGUGAUCCAUACUGAACGGUAAAGACGACGGCACCACAAAAUCUGCGCUUGGGUAUCUGAAUCUCAUGUAGAAGUUGUGACGACCCAAGCCAUUCUAUCAUAGUUAUAGUCACGUAGCUAUCACAUUGAAAUACCAGAAAGGCAGCUCAUCUAUCC